GUUGUACCUAAUAAAGUAUUCACUGACAGUAAUACACUAGAAAUGUGCAUACAAAACAGCAGCACAUAACGGAUCUUUUAUGUUUAAUUUCAUCUUAUCUUGUGACAUUGCUUAAUAAUUACUCUCUUGCAGUUUAGGAUACAUACUCUAGAAGUGAGUAUCUCCUGGUCCCGUAACUAAAGCACUGCUCGGUGUCAGAGAUGGCUCUCAAAGCCGCGGUUCUUGUGCUGUUUUCGGCCAUGCUGUCUGAGGUGUCGGCCGGAGUAUUUUUUAAGCAGAAGGAGCCGUGCUAUGUCCCCUCACCGAAGAGAGGCGGCUUUGGACUGCGGACCGCACCUCGUCCUCACGAGUAUUUGAACAUUUCUGAUCUGCCGAAGUCGUGGGACUGGAGGAACAUCAAUGGCACCAACUACGUCAGCACUACUCGCAACCAGCACAUUCCCCAGUACUGUGGGUCCUGCUGGGCACAUGGCAGCACCAGUGCGAUGGCAGAUCGAAUCAACAUUAAGCGGAAAGGAGCGUGGCCAUCUGCCUACCUGUCUGUCCAGAAUGUGAUCGACUGCGGUAAUGCCGGCUCGUGCCACGGAGGAGACCACACUGGGGUUUGGGAAUAUGCUAACAAUCACGGGAUCCCAGAUGAGACCUGUAAUAACUACCAGGCUAAAGACCAGGAUUGCAAUAAAUUCAACCAAUGUGGCACCUGCACCACUUUUGGAGUGUGCAAUAUUGUGAGUAACUACACUCUGUGGAAGGUGGGAGAUUACGGAUCCGUCAGUGGGAGAGAGAAGAUGAUGGCAGAGAUUUACGCGCAUGGGCCAAUCAGGUUUGCAGCUUUUUCAUACGUUUAUAAAAUAGUCCAUUCUGGUUGCUUUGUUUUACUUGAUAAUUCAAUCUUAAUAAUAAAGCAGAUAUCCCAAACCAACAUAGCACACUAGUUAGAAUCCUGAUUUCCACCCUAAACCUUUUCCUGUCAUUCCAUACUUAUGUAGGGGAGAGCAGUGUGUCAUGAUUUAUGAGAAAAAUUGUCAUCGAUAUACAAAUUCUGUAAACAUGAAAUCGCUGAUUUAAUAAUUAAUUAGUUCUCUGGGCCAACUUUCAUUUGUUUAAAUGUGGUACAGGCUAUAAAUAAAUAGACGUGACAGUCAACACAAAAAG